AUGCGCAUGUUCCAUUUACUUAGCGGCUUUUCCAGCGACGUCGAUUACAAUCACCUUCUGGACAGCUUCUAACUCGAUCUAUAUCCAUAUUUAUUGUUUGAAAAGACUUGUUUAUUAUUGUUUUAAGACAUUCAAUAUACGUUAGACUGGCAAUGUCCAGGAAAGAUGAAGAUGAUUUCAGUGUCGAUGGAGAUGAUGAUAUUGAUGAAGAGGAAGAUGAAGAUGAGGAGGAGGAAAUAGUAGAAAAACAGCCCAGCAAGAGAGGAAGAAAAAGAAAACAAAAAGAUAGCGGUGAAAGGAAAAAGAAAUCAAAAAAGAAAAAGCGUAAACAUGACAGUGAUAUUGAGGAAAGUGAAGAAGGUUCAGAUGACGACAAGUCUUUUGGCUUUAAGCCCCUCAAAGAUAAGAAGAAAAAAGCUUCUUCAUCACAGCAAACUCCUGUAACACCUGCUAGACCAGCUCAGAAAGGUUCUGAUGAAUUUUGUGAAGAAAAUGGGAUGAAAAAUUCCAAUAUGGAGUUUACUGAAGAAGACUACAAAACAAUUACAAAUUAUAAACUUUUUAGUCAGUGUAUGAGACCUCUAUUGACAAAGGAAAACCCAAAGGUUCCACAACAAAAGCUAAUUAUGCUUCUUGGUAUUAAGUGGCGUGAAUUUGUAGCUAACAAUCCUUUUAAAGGAGACAGACCACCAGAUAUUCCUGCUCCAGUUGUUGUGUCUGUGAAGACCCCUGUGGACUCUCCAGCUACUCCUCAGAGAGAUGCUGAUGAUGAUGACUCUGAAGCUGAAGAAGAAAAAAGUGGAUCUAAAAGAAGAUCAAAGUCUAAAAAAGGACAGGCUGUUGCUCCUUUAAAAAUCAAACUUUCAACUAAAAAAAGACGGAGAAAGAAAAAUAGUUCUGAUGAUGACGGGGAGAAAGGUUUUAAUACAAGUGAUGAAGAGUUUGAGAGGCAGCUUGAAGAAGCAGCAUUAGUGAAAGAACAAGAAAAAGAUAAAUCAGGAAAAAAGAAAACAAAACGAGGUCGUGGUGGUAGGAAAAAGAAGACCAAGCUGACCAACAAAUAUCCCAAUGAUCCUGAUGCUGAUGGUUAUGAAACAGAACAUCAGGAUUACUGUGAAGUUUGCCAACAAGGUGGGGAGAUAAUUCUUUGUGACACAUGUCCUCGUGCUUACCAUCUUGUAUGUCUUGAACCAGAGCUAGAAGAAGCUCCAGAGGGAAAAUGGAGUUGUCCUCAUUGUGAAGGGGAAGGAAUUAAAGAACAGGAAGAAGAUGAUCAUAUGGAGUUCUGCAGAGUCUGUAAAGAUGGAGGGGAACUACUUUGCUGUGACUUGUGUCCUUCAGCUUACCAUACACAUUGUCUGAAUCCACCUAUCAAAGGAGUGCCAGAUGGUGAAUGGCAUUGUCCCAGAUGCUCGUGCAAACCAUUAAAAGGAAAAGUAAAAAAAAUUCUGACUUGGAGAUGGUGUGAGCCUCCUAAAACAGAAGAUGAACUGGACCAUACUCACCAUGACCCACCAAAGAAGCAGACUUUAAAACCACUGCGUGAGUUUUUUAUCAAGUGGGCGGAUAUGUCUUAUUGGCAUUGUUCUUGGGUAUCAGAGUUACAGCUUGAUGUAUACCAUCCAGCUUUGUAUAGAAAUUAUAUCAGAAGAGUGGACAUGGACGAACCACCUCCACUAGAAGAUGGAAGUAGUUACAAAGACAAAAUGAAAGAAGAAGAUCCACAUAAUCUGGAAGAUAGAUUUUAUAGAUAUGGAGUUCGGCCAGAAUGGCUCAAUAUACAUAGGAUCAUCAAUCACAUGGAUACCGAUAAAGGUACUUACUAUCUUGUUAAAUGGAGAGAUUUACCUUAUGAUCAAGCCACCUGGGAAAAAGAAGAUGCUGAUAUUGCCAAUUUACAGGCCGCUAUUGAUGACUACAAGAAUCUAAGACUUGUUAUGUAUGGCAAUGAUGAACCUGUACAAACUAAAAAGGCUGGUAAAAAAAGUAAAGGAAAACAAAAAAAGGAGAGAAAGGAACUUGAUGAUGACAUUUUGUCAAAGAUGCCUCCAGCUUACCCAACCACAGAUUUGCGGAAACAGCUAGAAAGACAGCCACCAUACCUCGAUGAAACUGGUGGAAAUCUUCACCCUUAUCAGCUUGAAGGUCUCAACUGGCUUAGAUAUUCUUGGGCCAAUAAUACAGAUACCAUUCUGGCAGAUGAGAUGGGUCUAGGCAAAACUAUUCAAACUAUAACCUUUUUAUACUCACUCUAUAAAGAGGGUCAUUGCAAAGGUCCAUUCUUGGUCAGUGCUCCUUUGUCAACUAUCAUUAACUGGGAGAGGGAGUUUGAGUUUUGGGCACCUGAUUUAUAUGUUGUCACAUAUAUUGGAGACAAAGAUUCAAGAAUUGUUAUCAGGGAACAUGAGUUUUCAUUUGAUGACAAUGCCAUACGAGGUGGUGCUAAGGCAUCACGCAUGAAGCAAGGCUGCAAUGUAAAGUUUCAUGUUCUUCUAACAUCUUAUGAAUUGAUAAGCAUUGAUGCAGCUUGCCUUGGCUCAGUAGAUUGGGCAGUCUUGGUUGUAGAUGAAGCACACAGACUCAAAAAUAACCAAUCCAAAUUUUUCAGAAUUUUAACCAAUUACAAACUGGGUUAUAAACUCCUGUUAACUGGUACACCCCUACAGAAUAAUUUGGAGGAACUAUUUCACCUCCUCAAUUUUCUUACACCAGACAACUUUAGUGAUCUUCAAGGAUUUCUGGAUGAGUUUGCUGAUAUUUCCAAAGAAGACCAAGUGAAAAAACUUCAUGAUAUGUUGGGACCACAUCUCUUAAGAAGAUUAAAAGCUGAUGUUUUGAAAGGAAUGCCUUCCAAGUCUGAGUUUAUUAUUAGAGUUGAGCUGUCACCAUUACAAAAGAAAUAUUACAAGUACAUUUUAGCUCGUAACUAUGAAGCUUUAAACAUAAAAGGAGGCAGUAACCAGACUUCACUUCUCAACAUCAUGAUGGAUCUAAAGAAAUGUUGCAACCACCCCUACCUGUUUCCUAUUGCUGCUCAGGAAGCUCCUAGAACUCACAACAAUGCAUUUGAAGGAACUGCUUUGAUUAAAGCUUGUGGCAAGUUAGAACUUCUGUCCAAAAUGUUAAGAGAACUCUACUCUACAGGCCAUAGAGUUCUUAUAUUUUCUCAGAUGACCAAAAUGUUGGAUUUGUUGGAGGAUUUUAUGGAGGCAGAGAACUACAGGUAUGAGAGAAUAGAUGGUGGUAUAACAGGAAAUAUGAGACAAGAUGCCAUUGACAGAUUUAAUUCUAAAGAAGCUCCAGCUUUUGUAUUUUUGUUGUCUACUAGAGCUGGAGGGCUGGGUAUCAAUUUAGCCACAGCUGAUACUGUCAUAAUUUAUGAUUCUGAUUGGAAUCCUCACAAUGAUAUCCAGGCUUUUAGUAGAGCUCACAGAAUUGGCCAGGCUAAUAAAGUCAUGAUCUAUCGGUUUGUUACCCGUAAUUCUGUGGAAGAACGUAUCACACAAGUAGCCAAGAGGAAGAUGAUGUUGACACAUUUGGUUGUCAGACCUGGUCUAGGCAACAAAGGAGGCGCCAUGAGUAAAAAAGAAUUAGAUGAUAUUUUAAAGUUUGGAACAGAGGAACUGUUUAAAGAUGAUGAAGGAGCUAAAGAAGGUGAGUGUAAUAGUAACAUAAGUCGUCCAGAAAUGCACUAUAGAAGCAUGGUUCUCAAACAUUUGUUUGUAUUAUUUUUCACAGGAUCUGAAGACAGGAUUGUCUAUGACAUGGAGGCUAUUAGAAAACUACUGGACAGAACUCAAGCUGGUCAGGAAGAAAAAGAAAUGGCAAUGAAUGAGUAUUUGAGCUCCUUUAAAGUUGCUAAUUACACAAUUAAAGAAGGAGAGGAAGAAGAAGAACCAGAGACUGAAGUUUUGAAACAAGAAGCAGAGCAUGCUGAUCCUGCAUAUUGGGAAAAAUUGUUACGUCACCACUAUGAACAACAACAAGAAGAUCUGGCCAGAACUUUAGGAAAGGGUAAACGUAUCAGGAAACAAGUCAAUUAUAAUGAUGCUAUGAGUGGCCACGAUGAAGAAGCAUGGAAAGAAAAUAUUUCAGAUUAUGACUCUGAUUUCAGUCAAGUGAAUGAAGAGGAUGAUGAUGAUUUUGAUGACAAACAAGAAGGACAAGCCACAACUCGCAGUAGAAGACGAAAUGAGAAAGACAAACCUUUGCCUCCACUAUUAGCUAGAGUAAAUGGACAGAUAGAGGUUUUGGGAUUCAAUGCUCGUCAAAGAAAAGCUUUCCUUAAUGCUGUCAUGAGAUGGGGAAUGCCUCCUCAAGACGCAUUUAACUCUCAGUGGUUGGUAAGAGAUCUUCGAGGAAAAACAGAAAAAGUUUUCAGGGCUUAUGUAUCACUGUUUAUGCGCCAUCUUUGUGAACCAGGUGCAGACAAUGCUGAGUCUUUUGCAGAUGGUGUCCCUCGAGAAGGUUUAUCUCGUCAGCAUGUCCUCACAAGAAUUGGAAUCAUGUCUCUGGUUAGAAAAAAGGUUCAAGAGUUUGAACUUAUCAAUGGCACACACAGUAUGCCUUAUGUCAAAGCUGGGGAAGCUAUUGAAAAACUGAAAACUGAAGCAGAGGCAGAAAAGGCAGAGAAAGAUGCUUUAAAAGAAGAUAAAGAGAAGAUAGAGGAAGGAAAAAGUAAAGAGAAGGAAGAAGAAAGUGAAGAAAAAAAAAGAGAAGGGGAAGUUGAAAAAGUCAAAGGUGAGGAAGUAGCUGAUGAGAAGAAAGAUCCUUCUGACAUAAAGAAAGAUGAAAGCAUGGAGGUGGAUGAACAGCAAGAACUUAAAAAAGAUGAUGACAAAGUUGGAGAGAAGAAAGAAGAGAAGAAAGAAAGUGAAGAAGAAAAAAUGGAAACAGAGAAUCCUAAACAAGAAAAAGAUACUGUAAUAAAUCAAGAAGCUGAGGAAAAGAAAACUACAGAUGACAAGAAGGACGAUGAACCCAAAAAAGAAGAAGAUAAAAAAUCUGAGGAAGAUAAGGGGGAUAACUCAGAAGACAAAGAUGAUGACAAGAAAGAAACAGAAGAGUCUAGAAAACAGGAUGAACAGUUUCAGAAGUUUAUGUUUAACAUUGCUGAUGGAGGAUUUACUGAGCUUCAUACCUUGUGGUCCAAUGAACAAAGAGCUUUAACCAAAGGAAGAGAGCAUGAAGUCUGGCAUCGUCGUCAUGACUAUUGGUUGCUAGCUGGAAUUAUAACACAUGGUUAUGGCCGCUGGCAAGAUAUUCAGAAUGACCCACGGUUUCAAAUUAUCAAUGAGCCUUUCAUAUCUGAACAAGGGAAAGGAAACUUUCUGGAAAUAAAAAAUAAAUUUCUAGCCAGAAGAUUCAAGUUGUUAGAGCAAGCUUUAGUUAUUGAAGAACAGUUGCGACGAGCAGCAUAUUUAAAUCUAACUCAAGAUCAUGCUCACCCAGCUAUGGCUCUCAAUGCCAGGUUUGCUGAAUUAGAAUGUUUGGCAGAGAGUCACCAACAUUUGAGUAAAGAAUCUCUAGGAGGAAAUAAACCAGCAAAUGCUGUACUACAUAAAGUGUUGAACCAAUUGGAGGAGCUUUUGAGUGACAUGAAGCAAGAUGUCUCUCGUCUGCCAGCUACCCUGGCUAGAGUACCACCUGUAACACAGAGGUUACAGAUGUCUGAGAGAAACAUACUAAAUAGACUUGUUACCCCUAGUGUCAUUCCUGGAGCUAACUUAGUUCAGCAACAACAGUUGCAAAAUCAGCAGUUAAAUACACAGCAAUCAUCAGCCUCACGUACAGCUAGUCCAGCAUUAAUCAAUCCAGCUCUGUCAGCUACCAAAACAACAGGGAGAGUCUCUCCAGCUACACAAUCGAAAUCUCCAGCUCCUUCAGCAAAUGCUGAUGAUGAAGGCACUAAAGAUAAAAGUGAAGACAAGAAAUAGAGACUGUCUUGAAAUUAAAUAUGUAAUUUAAAAUUAUUACCUAUGAACAUAUUUUUGUAGAUCUUGUAUUAAAAUGUCUUAAUUUCCCAAAAAAAAA